AUUCCUCUGUUCGUUCGUUCAAGUUUUUUCUCAAAAGCUACCGAAGAUGGUGCUGAGUGCAGAUAAUAUUCGUUUUGUCGUCGGCAUUAUCGGCAAUGUCUUAUCGUUCGUUCUCUUUGCUUCGCCAGUGCCAACAUUUUGUCGAAUCAUCAAAAACAAAUCGGUGGAGGAGUUCCACCCAUACCCAUACCUUGCAUCUACAAUGAACUGUAUGAUGUGGAUUUUCUACGGCAUGCCUUUCGUUCAUCCACACAGCAUUCUUGUGGUCACCAUCAACAGCAUUGGUCUCUUCAUGCAGUUGUGCUAUAUUUCCAUAUUUUUCUUCUACACUGGCAAAAGAUAUCGGCUACAAAUAGUUUCCAUUUUGUUCGGUGAAAUCGUGGGGCUGGCCGCCGCCGUAGCUGGAACCAUGUUAGGCUUGCACACUUACGCAAGUAGAACCACGGUUGUGGGAAUUCUGGCUACCGCCUUUGGAAUUUGUAUGUAUGGAUCCCCUCUAACAAUCAUGUACAAGGUGAUCAAAACAAAGAGUGCUGAAUUCUUGCCAAAGACGCUUUCCAUAGCAUGCUUCCUUAAUGGAAUCUGCUGGGCCGGCUAUGCUCUCCUCAAGUUUGAUCCCUACAUCUUGACUGGAAACGGAGUUGGAGCACUAUUAGCUUUAGUUCAGCUGGCAUUGAUCGUCAUUUACCGCAACCCGCCUCCCAAAGACGAGAAGCCAUCUAAAGUAGAGCUCCAAAACGUCGUCUGAUUUCUCCCAACACUCAAC